AUGAGUUUUAUUGCUGGUUUACUAGGCUCUCUUCGACGACGACGUAAAGGAACAGUCAACCCACGUAGUAAAGGUCUUGAGCAAGACAACGAGGAACCUCACCCUGACAACACGACACCACCUCAUGAGGAGCAACAACAAGUGGGCGGCGAUACCACCACUACGACUGAAGCAACAAACACACCUGUCACCGAGUCUCAUUCGUCGUCAUCCAAUAGUGUCAAUGUAGAAGGCUUGCAGUUCAAAGAAGCGCGUGAUCUUGCUUAUUUGCUUGGGUCGACUUGGAGCGAGAAACCACAACAGCAGCAACAACCUUUAUUCCCAGCAUUCGAACAUUUGCUGAAUCCCAAGGAUGACCAACAAGAGCAGGCACCACGUCGGUCAAACAGCUCAUAUCGUUCCACAUUGGGUAGUACGCGACGCUUAUUGCGUGGAGCGUUGCCUCGCAACCAUGAACAUCGGCUUUCUCUUUAUCGACCGGUGAAGAAUACUCUCAAGACAGCUCGAUCUACUCCCAACUUUGGAUCUGUCAAGAAUACCGCCGCCGCCACUGCCACAUGA